AUGAAGACGCCAAAGUCAUCGGGAAAGAAGCCAUCGGGCGCGAAGGGCAAGUCCCCGCGCGAGACAUCCGCCAAGAAGCGCCCCGCGCAGAGCGGCGGUGCGGAUGCGAAAAAGCGCAUCAAGAAACCCGACGGCAGGCCGUCGCUGGACUUCGCCGGCGAGGAGGGAUCCGUGUUCAUGUCCGUGCCGUCGUUCGACGGCGCCGGGGAGAUGGACAUGGGCGGGAAGAAACCCGCUUGGGAAUCCUACGACUGGACGAGCGAGAAGUCCAACAAGCAGAGGAAGAAGGAGCGCGCCGAGAAGGCGGCGGCGGCGGCGAAGGAUGUCGCCGAUGUCGCCGACGACACCGCCCCCGACGACGCCCCGCGCGUUGCGCCCGGGAAGGGCAAGGGCAAAAAGACCAAGGAACCCAAGGUGGACAAACGGUUCGGCUCCCAGUGGGACAAGCAGCAGAUGAUGGACAAGCGUUACGAGGAGAGGCGCGAGGCGAAGCGACAAAAGUACCAAGCCUUGAAGGAGGCGGCUGGCGACGACGACGACGUCUUGGACGACGGCCAGGGGAAGAUUUCGGGCAAGGUGCUCGGUCGACGGAGGCGCGCGGCGGAGAAGCGCGCGAGGCUCGCGGAGCAGCGCAAGGCUGAGCGCGCCGCGAAGGGCCUGCCCGUGGACAUGCCCGCCAAGAGAUUACCGGCCAAGCUGGCGGUGGGCACGGCGGCGGGUGUCAACGCUCUCGACGCGAACGCGAACGGCGGCGGCGCCAACACGGCGACGGGCAAGAACGCGGAUAAGAACGCGAAGAGGAAGGCGAGGAGGGAGGAAAAGCGUCGCGCGGAGGAGGCCGAGCGGGCGUCCAAGGCUGUCUCUAAGGGAGGCGGGGAGACCCCAAAGGGGAAGCGCGAGAGGGAGAAGGAGGAGGCGGAGGAGUUGGCGCGACGCUUCAAGGAGGAGGAAGAGGCCGAAGACGACGACACCUCCGAAGAAGAGGAGGAGGAAGACAGCGAAGAUGAGGAGGAGAGCGAAGAAGAAGAAGAAGAGGAGGAGGAGGAGGAAGAAGAAGAGGAUGGCGCCAUUGAGGAGAGAUGGUCCGAUGACGACGAGGACGCCGCAUUGGACGCAGCGUUGGCUCCCUCAGACGAUGAGGAAGACAGCGAAGAAGAGCAGGAGGAGGAGGAGGAGGAAGAAGAAGAGGAUGGCGCCAUUGAGGAGAGAUGGUCCGAUGACGACGAGGACGCCGCAUUGGACGCAGCGUUGGCUCCCUCAGACGAUGAGGAGGAGGAGGAGAGCGAAGAGGAGGAGGAGGAGGAGGAAGAAGAAAAGGAUGGCGCCAUUGAGGAGAGAUGGUCCGAUGACGACGAGGACGCCGCGUUGGACGCAGCGUUGGCUCCGUCGGGCAGCGAGGACGACGGUGAACCGUCCGAAGAUGGAUCCGAGGAGGAAGAUGAAAAGGAUGGAUCCGACGACGAGGACGAUUCCGACGAGGACGAGGAGGCUGCCGCAGACUGGGGAGAACAAUUCAGCACGGAUGAAGAUGAUGAUGAUGACGACGACGACGAUGGGUCAAUGUCCGAGGACGAGCAGGAGGAGUCGAAGGAGUCGGAGGAGUCGGAGGAGUCGGAGUCGGAGGAUGUCUCGGCUCCCGCACCGGCGCCGGCCAAGCCCAGCGGCAAGAUGUCCCUCGUCGAGAAGAUGAAGGCCAAGCUCUCCGGCGGACAGUUCCGCAUGCUCAACGAGGCGCUCUACACAACCACCGGCGACGACGCGCUUCGAAUGGUCAAGGCGUCGCCCGGUACCUUCGGCGCCUAUCACGCCGGCUUCAGAGAGCAGACCAAGGAGUGGCCCACCCGCCCGGUGGACGUCAUCAUGAAGUACCUCAAGACCCAGCCCAAGAGCCUGGCGGUGGCGGAUUUCGGGUGCGGCGACGCCGAGCUGGCGCGAAAGGUGAAGCAGAAGGUUCACUCGUUUGACCUGGAGAGCGACGCACCCGGGGUGAUUGCGUGCAACAUGGCGAACGUGCCGCUGCCCGACGAUAGCGUGCACGUGGCGGUAUUCUCACUGUCGCUCAUGGGCACCGACUACGGCAAGUUCCUGGAGGAAGCGCACAGGGUACUCAAGGUUGGAGGACUGCUCUGGAUCGCCGAGGUUCGCAGCCGCUUCGACGGCAAGGACGGCGUGGCGAGCGUCGACAGCUUCGUCAAGACUCUCGCUCAGCUCGGGUUCAAGCUGAAGGGCAAACCCGACGAGUCAAACAAGAUGUUCUUCACAGUGUCGAUGAUCAAGACUGGCGAGAAGAAGGCGAAAAAGGUCAAGUGGCAGCUGCUCAAGGCGUGCAUCUAUAAGCGAAGGUAG